AUGGUCCCCGUCACCGGCCCUGUUGACUACACCGUUGCGCUGUGGAGCGAAUACCCGUGGUGGCCCUACAGAUACGACUUCUUCAUCUCUCAAGCACCUGCUAUUGGUCGCGAGGUCACCACCCCAACUGUGUCGUUCAUCUUCCCCAUCUCUUCGCCCCAAACCUACCACCCUACCAACCUAACUCCCCCGUUCCGCUUCAAGCCAUCCGAGGUGCCUCUCUACUUUCGCAAGUUCUAUUGGUACGAGAACGGGGAAACCAAGUCGAUUACUAGAGACGAGCUCAAGAUGGCCUGGCAUAUCCUGGGUCAACUGCGUCGGUCUGACAUGGACUUGGUUGUAAGCCUCAACACGGCAUGCGACUUCGGCCUGGAGUCGCCUAUCAGCACGGUUGCGUUUCACGCCGCCUGCGAGCAGGCCUAUUCACUCAGAGAACCCCUCGAGCGCUGGACAUUUCGCAACUCGACACUCAUCGCUGGACUUGCCUCGCACUUGAACGACAUAGCCGACCUCGAAUACGCCGGUAUUGUUCCAACCAGUUGGCAUCGUUACGAAUGCGAGAUGACGUUCGAGACGCUUGCCACCCUGGAUGCCAACAUCGCCCAUACCGAUUACCUGUUCCGUGCCUCCAGGCUCAUUCUCGAACAAGGCGUGUACGUUGAACCCGAAUGGAAGGCUUUUGAGUCCCAAGUGCGCGCCGCUAUUCAAGGCAUGGAGGCCUUCCGCAUGGUAGAGGGCAGCAAGCCGAACCCAACUUUCCGUGUUCGCCAAAGGCUCAAUUGA